GCGCUCAGUGACUGGUACACCCUACGUGCGAGCAAGUGUUUUUCGUCGUGGACUCUCCGUGUGGCACGAGAGAAAAAGAAAAGAGAAGGAAGCGGAGCCUCGGUGUUGCGUCGUGUGUAGAUUGGAUCCGUUCGUCGUCGUCGUCGUCGUCUUUGUUGUUGUCCUCGUCUCUCAUUCGUUUGACUCCGUGCACGAGCGAAUCGGAGAACGCGUCACGGAACUUCGAUCGAAAAUUGCGUUCCACGCUGCGCGCGCUCUGCGCCGGUGACCCUGACAUUCGAUGGACGAGAGCGGACCGACACAUUCGCUCGAUCGUGCCGGUUAGAGAAUCGUCCUUCGCACCGAAAUUUGUUGUUCAACACCGAGUGUCCGAGACCUUCGUCCGUUAACAUAUACAUAUAUAUAUACGCAAUUUCGUGUACGGACGAUCGUUGCCCCGAGAGAAAAACCAAUCGCCGAGAGACUUUGCCGAAACUACCGCGGCGUGGCGUCGCGGAACCACGCUGACCUUGACUUUGUUGCACGAAACAUAUCACGACGCCACUGUCGAGAGAUACACAGAUCCCUUCCGAAAACCAUCACGAUCGUUGUUCAAUCGUGUGUCGAGUGACCGUUACUUUUUUCCUUCGAAAAUUCUCCGUGUCGGAACGACGAUAACCAUCAUCGAAUGACACUUGGUCUCGGCACGUUCGUCCUGUCUCUCGAUUCGACCGAUUGAGCCCACCGCGAUUAUUCUCGUUGUAACGCCCGCCUUUUUGUGUCUCUUUCUCUCUCUGUCUCUCUCUCCCUCUCUCUCUCCAGUACCAGACACAUCCGCUGCGUGUCUCUGCGGAAUUUAUUGCGCGCCACUUGGCGAAACAUCAAAAGCCAGUCGUUGGAUGGGUGUGCGUGCGACGACGCAGCCGAGACGCGGGAAUUGCGUGAAGAUGAAAGAAUAGAAUAACCGGUGGGAUAAACAACGUGAGAGAAACGAGUUGUGUAACGCUUACUCGUGCUACAGCGCAUUGCUACUCUGAGAUUGGUCUCUUUGCAUACGACGGCUGUGUGUCACUUACCUACUUUCCCUUGGGGGAUCGUUGGUCACGACAGGAGGAGGAGGAGGAAGAUCAUCAUCAUCAUCACGAUACGAGGCGUCGGUUUGUGGUUCACAGUGAGUAACACGUUGGAAGAGACGGAUCGGAUCGCAAGGGUGUGUUUGACACCGAUCCGUGAGGAGGAAGUGAUGGCACCGCGGCGUCACGCGAACGGCCACGCUGGUGUACUAAUGGAGAACGGCGGUGGAGGAGCCGGUGGCGGUGGUAUGAACGACACGAUGGAGAACAACCUGCUAACACAGAAUCAGACGACCCGUUGUUGCACGCCUACCGGCGAGUGCCUCCGGGGUGAUGCUUUAAUUCGCUUAAACGCUCUACACGACGCGGUCAAGGUGACGUGCAACAACGAUAGCUGCCCGGUCGGCCAGUUCAUGCAUCGCGAGUGUUUCGACGCCUGGGAGCAAACGGUGCUCACAUACUUGAAGACGUGCGGACGCGCCCGUAGCUGGUCCGAGCGACAGCGCCAUCAGAACCUCUGGACGAAAAAGGGUUACGAUCUGGCGUUUAAGGCGUGCGGCUGUCGUUGCGGCCGCGGCCAUUUGAAGAAAGAUCUCGAUUGGAUCCCACCGGGAAGUGGUAACGCCACUGGUAACAGACAGGACGAGAACGAGGCGAAGAAGAAGAAACGUCGCAAUCGUCAGAACACCAGGCCCACGUUGGCCGUUUCGGCUGGCCCGCCGAGCCAUGGGAAUCACGUUUCGGCGAACGGUCGCGGUCCAACCGAGGUGCAGUUAAUCGAAUCCAGCCGUGGAAGAGCCGGUUCCCUCUCGUCCAGCACCGGUUCCAGCUCGCCACCGGCCACCAGCGAACCCAGCGUUAGCCCCCUUCAUCAGCCUCAGGUCAUUAUGAAGAAGAAGAGUAAGAUUGACUUCUUCAGCGAUCGGGCUCGGCAAAGUUGCGGUGCAAACGGGAUCUUCUCUCGUCGUUUGGACUUCAGCGCGUUCAACAGCCUGCCUCGCACCAAACUGAACUCCUAUCACAUUAAGGUAAGAGACCA